CGUGCUCGGAGGAUGGCAUCUCAGCUUCACCAGCUGCAUUUUAAUGUGAAAGGGGAGUUCCCAUGAGGGGCCCUGCUGAAAGUGUCGAGCUGUAAGCUGUUUAGGCUUCAGAGAAAACUAAGCAUCAGAGACAGAACAGAUGAGUCUGAAGACCGUUGGCUUCUCUGAUAUAUCAGCAUGGCUGCCGUGGACGUAGACACAUACCGUACUGAAGAAAAGAGGACUCUGACUCUCGGCGGCCAUGUUGGUUUUGACAGCCUCCCGGAUCAGCUGGUUAGCAAAUCAGUGUCUCAAGGCUUCUGCUUCAACAUCCUCUGUGUGGGUGAAACUGGGAUUGGAAAAUCAACAUUAAUGAACACUCUAUUUAACACGAUUUUUGAAAAUGAGGAGGCCAGUCACUAUCAAAGUGGGGUGUAUUUACGACCCAGGUCGUAUGAGCUGAAGGAGAGCAAUGUGGACCUCAAUCUGACGAUCGUCGACACCGUGGGGUUCGGUGACCAGGUCAAUAAGGAAGAGAGCUAUAAACCUAUCACAGACUACAUUGAUGCCCAGUUUGAGAAUUUCCUCCAAGAGGAGCUGAAGAUCAAACGCUCACUCUUUAACUACCACGACACGAGGAUCCACGCCUGCCUGUACUUCAUCUCCCCUACAGGACACUCACUCAGAUCCCUCGAUCUGGUGACCAUGAAGAUGCUGGACAGUAAGGUGAACAUCAUUCCCAUUAUCGCUAAAGCAGACACAAUCUCCAAAUCCGAUCUCCAUAAAUUCAAGAUUAAGAUCAUGAGCGAGCUUGUCAGCAACGGCGUUCAGAUUUACCAGUUCCCCACAGAUGAUGAAGCUGUUGCAGAAAUCAACUCCUCCAUGAACGCUCAUCUGCCUUUUGCUGUGGUGGGAAGUGGAGAGGAGGUUAAAGUGGGAAACAAACUAGUGAGAGCCAGACAGUACCCAUGGGGAGCGGUACAGGUGGAGAAUGAGAGCCACUGUGAUUUUGUAAAGCUGAGGGAGAUGCUGAUCCGGGUGAACAUGGAGGACCUACGGGAGCAGACACAUGCACGUCACUACGAGCUGUACCGCCGAUGUAAACUGGAGGAGAUGGGCUUCAAAGACCCCGACACUGACAUGCAGCCAUUCAGUCUGCAGGAAACGUACGUGGCUAAGAGGAGAGAGUUUGUCGCAGAGCUGCAGCGCAUGGAGGAGGACAUGCGGCAGAUGUUCGUCGUCAAAGUAAAGGAGACGGAGGCUGAGCUGAAGGAAAGAGAGCGAGAGCUGCAUGAGCGUUUCGAGCGUGUCAAGCGUAUGCACCAGGAGGAGAAGAAGACUUUGGAGGAGAAGCGCAGAGAGCUAGAGGAGGAGAUGAACUCCUUUAACAGGAGGAAGAUGGCGGCUGAAACACUGCAGGCUCUCUCACUGCAGAGCUCCAAAGACAAGAAAAGCCUCUCUUGAAGGUAAAAUCCUCUGCCCUGAAAACCUACUGACUCUUACAAAGCUCUGAAACUGGAGACUCCUUCUAUGAAUGUUAAGUAAACUUCUCCUUUACAGAAAGCUUCACCACAGCCAUGAUUAUAUACAUUCUUAAGUAAAAAGUCUGUUUAUUUUUAGUCUUAGCUCAAGUGGAAUGUUCACCAUACAAGUCCCGGUGAAUGAGCUGUUACUAUAAAAUAUAUAUA